CCUCCCCGCUAGGCUGCCAGUGUCUCUCCUCUCUUGCACCGGACCUGUACCCUGGGAGGGGGCUUCCUGUCUGCACGGGUUGUGCGCGAGCAUCGUUAGCUGGGAACUCACAACGACUUACCGCCAGCUCGGGGACCGUAAGGUUAAUUGUUGCGCUACCUCUGCGUUUGACGGUUCAUAAAAAGGAUCUGUACAUCUUUAGGCUCUUUCAGAUGAAGCAUUAGUGGAGUUUUCAUAAAGAUUAACUGAGCUGUGCAGGUACCAAAAUGCAUCACCUGCUGAGAAGGUGGUAACCGGAGGAAAGGAGUCUCUUGUGCGUACAAACAGGAUUUACAAUGUUUCUUUCAUGAGAAAGUAGCAUCUGGGCUGUAACUGAAGAUGCGGCCAUGGACAGGCUCCUGGCGUUGGAUAAUGCUGAUACUUUUUGCCUGGGGGACCUUACUGUUUUACAUUGGAGGACAUUUAGUGAGAGAUAAUGAUAACCCAGACCAUUCCAGCAGAGAACUGUCAAAAAUACUGGCAAAACUUGAACGAUUGAAACAGCAGAAUGAAGACUUGAGGCGAAUGGCAGAAUCACUCAGGAUACCAGAAGGACCAAUUGAACAAGGAGCGGCAGCCAGCAGGAUACGGGCAUUAGAAGAACAGCUAUUAAAGGCCAAAGAACAGAUAGAGAUGUAUAAGCAACAGUCCAGCAGUGCGGUGGCAGAAAUGGGAAAGGACCAUGAAAGCUUAAGAAGAGCUAUUGAAAAUGGUGCAAAGGAAUUCUGGUAUUUGGUCCAAAGUGAAGUAAAGAAGUUAAAAAACGUGGACAGAAAUGAACUCCAAAGACACAUAGAUGACUUAUUAGUUGACAUGGGUCAUCAGCAAAGAUCAGUGAUGACAGAUCUCUACUACCUCAGUCAAACAGAUGGCGCAGGAAGUUGGCGAGAAAGAGAGGCCAAAGACUUGACGGAUUUAGUACAAAGGAGGAUUUCGUAUGUCCAGAAUCCCAAGGACUGCAGCAAAGCAAAGAAACUUGUGUGUAAUAUCAACAAAGGCUGUGGGUACGGCUGCCAGUUGCACCAUGUGGUCUAUUGUUUCAUGAUUGCAUUUGGUACCCAGAGGACACUCAUUUUGGAGUCACAGAGCUGGAGAUAUGCAACUGGUGGAUGGGAGACUGUCUUUAAACCCGUCAGCGACACUUGUACAGAUAGAUCUGGUACCUCGACAGGGCAUUGGUCAGGUGAAGCAAAUGAUAAGGAUGUUCAAGUUGUGGAAUUGCCUAUCGUUGACAGUCUACAUCCAAGGCCGCCAUAUCUACCCCUUGGUGUACCCGAAGACCUUGCAGACCGGUUAGUGCGUCUGCAUGGAGAUCCUGCUGUGUGGUGGGUCUCACAGUUUGUCAAGUAUCUGAUCCGUCCACAACCCUGGUUGGAGAAGGAGAUUGACGAAGCAACUAAAAAGCUGGGUUUUAAGCAUCCGAUUAUUGGUGUUCAUGUUAGAAGAACAGAUAAAGUUGGAACAGAAGCUGCUCUUCAUCAAAUUGAAGAAUACAUGAUUCAAGUUGAAGAACAUUUUCAGCUUCUUGCACGAAGGAUGCAGGUGGACAAAAAACGUGUUUACUUGGCUACAGAUGACCCUGGAUUGCUGCAUGAAGCAAAGUCCAAGUACCCUGAAUAUGAAUUUAUUAGCGAUAAUUCCAUUUCUUGGUCUGCCAGUCUGCAUAACCGAUACACUGAAAAUUCACUCCGGGGUGUCAUUCUUGAUAUCCACUUUUUAUCACAAGCCGACUUCCUUGUCUGCACAUUUUCCUCACAGGUCUGUCGCGUUGCUUAUGAAAUCAUGCAGACACUUCACCCAGAUGCCUCAACAUAUUUUCGCUCCUUGGAUGAUAUUUAUUAUUUUGGAGGACAGAAUGCUCAUAAUCAGAUUGCAAUUUAUCCCCACCACCCACGGAACGCUGACGAAAUUCCCCUUGAACCUGGGGACAUCAUUGGGGUGGCAGGAAACCAUUGGGAUGGUUAUUCUAAGGGCAUCAACCGCAAACUAGGAAGGACCGGUCUCUACCCCUCUUACAAAGUAAAAGAAAAAAUUGAGACUAUAAAAUAUCCAACAUAUCAAGAAGCAGAAUAGAUGGACAACAAUUUCUUGAGCUAUAUAUGUGCCAACUAUAAGUGAAAUACAAAAACCAGAAGGGAGACAUAUUCCAUUUUAAUUUAUGUUUAAAAAAUAUAAAAAUGGUUUUAUUUUAAACUUGACAAAAGGAAUUUUAAAACAAAUGAAAAUGAAUAUUCCUUGAACAGCUUCAGAGAACUGCUAUUUUACAGUUAAUUCAUUAAUACAAAAUCUGUUGAGAGGACUUUCUCUCCUCAAUCUGUCGCUCUUGCUGGUUAAUAGAGCAUGGUGCUCUCCUUCUGCCAUUAAAUGACAGCCACCCUCAGACUUAUCACUGCCAUGUUGUGCAAUUAGAGUGACAUGAAAAUAUUUUAUAUGUUCAAAAUUUUAAAUUGUGCCUGUGGCUGAUGGGUUACCUGUAAACAAGAGCCAGGUACGACUUAAUGUACUGUGCAGUUUGUCUUUAAUUAGCAUUCUGACUGCUGGAAACUCCAGUGAGUGAAUCCAAAUGAAGUUAGAUUAUUUCACUUAAUAAUUUUUCCAAAUAGUUCCCUUGAUUUAAUGUUGCAUCAUUGUUAGUUAAUCAAUGACUCAUCAGAAAAAUAAGAAACCAUUCGCUGUUUGUUAUGAUAUCUUUGUUUCUCCUUUUUUCUUUUUUUUUUUCUUUUUUUUUUUUCUUUUUUACAAGCUCACACUCCACAAACUGAUUCUUACAUGUGUUUAUUGGCAUUGUCCUUGAUAACAAACAAUUAAAUACAAAAAAAAGUUGGAAAUAUA